UACGUUCAACAUAGUCUUGCCAUUUCGGUUCCGGAUAGGGUUAGCGUGUUUCUCGCUAGGCGAUUUCCCUAUACCGGUUUGGCGUGUUCUUAAGAUGUCGCAGGAGCUCCUUAGCCUACUAGCCGCCGGACGCAGCGCCUUAUUAGAGCGUGUCCAGAUUUCGCAAAUGUCAGGUCGGUGCAGAGCGUUAUGGCGACUUUCUUCCGCGUUGACGUGCGGUUCAAUGUGGUGCAAUGUGGUGAGACGGCAUCGUUGCCAUCCCAACCCAACAUUUGCCACCUAUAAAACAGCUCCUCGAGACAUGACAAGCUUUAUUAGGAGCGAGCUAGCAAGCAACAGCCCGACUCCCAUCAGAGCUUCCGCCCUCGAAUCUCAACUUAGGGUGCUUAGGGUAAAUGAGAUCUUCCGCUCGCAUUUCCGACUCUCAUUUCGCGCUGCCAAGGCGACCGCAUUACCAUUCAGACGCGCGCACAGUAGACACUGGUUUUGAAGGGGGUCUUUCAAGGCGCAUGCUUUUCAAGUCCCCUCCCUCCUCUGGUGACGGUUCCGCGAGCCGUUUCGUACAUCUCCGAGACAGUUCCGCAGUUCAAGUUACUUCGCACGCAUUUUCGCCGAGAUCGUUAGGUUCUUCUCUCCCUGUGAGAGAGCGGGCGGAGCCUACGUGCCUGUUCCCUCACUGCAUCCGUGUGUAAUGAGUCGAUUUUUGAGUCGACACAAAAAUCCGUGUGUAAUUACACGCGGAGCCUACGUGCCAGUUCCCUCACUGCAUCAGCCGUUUGGUUACGCUGUCGAGGUGACUUUUGAGUCGACUCAAAAGUCACUGCAUCAGCCGUUUGGUUACGCUGUCCCGACCGUUAGCGUCGCUCCAAUCGAGGUUACGGACUUAGGUUGGUCGGGGGCUGGACGCAUUCUGUACUUAGGCUUAAAUGUCCACAGUGGAGCGUAACUACCCUCCCCCCCGUCAACCUUACGCGCUCAUUGCAUCAGCCAGAGUAACGCGGUUCCUUCACCGUUCCUCCGUCGCUCUUCCUCCGUCGCUCUUCCUCCGUCGCUCUUCCUCCGUCGCUGUUCCUCCGUCGCCGUCUUCCCGUCUUGUCCCGUGACGGAUGGGCUCUCUGACGGAAGGAUCUGACGGACGGAUCUGACGGAAAAUCUGACGGAAGAUCCUCGUGACUGAAGUCAAGUGGCGGAAGGAUCUGACGGAGGGAUCUGACGGGAGGAUCCGAUGGACGGCCCUGAUGGAAGGGCCCCGCGACGAUCGCAACGAAUCUCGCAAAAACGUGAGAGAGGGCUCAACACGGGCUCUGGGGAGAACCAUGCUGAGACUCUGGCGACGGGAAAAGCGGCGAA